AUGCACUGGCAACUGCACAUUGCAAGUGCAGUCACAGUGGUCACAGGAUAUUGUGCUAUUUCAAACACACGUACAACUGUAAAGCGACUGCCCACGCCUGGACAGAGGAUUAGAUUUGCUAUUUCGAAGCAGAUGAUGUUAAUGAGGAAAGAAAAUGUGCAGGACCCCGGAGAGGCAACGGAGAUUAAGGACUUCCCUUCCCUUAACACGACCAUAAUUCCCAUCCUACGCGGAAAUCAGACGUGUCCCUCGCCUGUAUCCUUUACCGUUGCUGUGCGUGUCCUAGACAGGAUUUUACAACCGACCUGGAUCACCAAUAUAACACAUAUUACAUUUCCCUCACAAAGACAAGUCACAGGAAACGGAAGGGUUGAGAGGAGCGCCCGGCAGCGCGCCUGUUCUUCCGGGCGGGCGAGGCGGCGCUGGCCGGAUGCCUGGCGCUCAGAUGAGGCUGCGAUGGCGGAGAGCAACGCAGUGCCGCCCGCCGCCGCCCGCGCCCGGCUGCGGCUGCUGUGCGAGCGGCGCGUGCGGGAGGCGCGGCGGAGGGGCGUCGCGGCGGCCGAGCUGAGCGCCCUGUGGCGCGGCCGCAGCGGCGUGGGGGCGGCGGCGGGCGGGCGGAGUGCCACGGGAGCCAGCGGCCGGCGCCUGGCCCUGGCCCUGGCCGCCGCCGCCGCCGCCCUGCUGGCCCUGGCGCCCCUGCAGCGCCUGCGCGCCGACCUCGUGGCCUCCAGGUGCCUCGUCCGCAACAACUACUUCGUGAUGGAGGCGACGCGGCUGCGCACGGACUGCGGGCGCGUGUGCGCGGGCGUGCGCGCGGCGGCGGAGCUGGGCGCCAACGUGUCCCGCGCCGCCUUCGCCGCGUGGGCGUACCGCGGGCGGCCGCUGGUGGUGCGCGGGGCGGCGGCGCGCUGGCCCGCCCUCGCGCGCUUCUCGCCCGCCUUCUUCAGGAGCGCCUACGACAGCGUGGAGGGCGCCUACGAGGCCGUGGCCGACGAGUGCCAGUUCCUGCCCUUCCGCUCCGAGUUCGAGGGCCUGCGCGACGCCCUGGCCAUGCACCCCGCCCGCGCCGCCCGCGCCCCCGGCACGCGCCCAUGGUACUUCGGAUGGAGUAACUGCUCCCCCGGCGUGAGUGCCAUCCUGCGGCAGCUGGCACCCCGGCCGCCCUUCCUCCCCGCGGCCUCAGAAUCCUCGGCGCUGGACUGGGUCUUCAUGGGCGGAGGCGGAGCUGGGGCGGCUUGGCAUCUGGACUACGUGCAGAGGCCGUCGUGGCAGGCGCAGAUCAGCGGCACCAAGAGCUGGCACUUCCGGCCCGUCCCCGAGUGCCAGGAUGUAUGCCACUCCUUCAGCGUGACCGUCAAUAAGGGCGACAUAAUUUUCGUGGACACCAACCAGUGGUACCACACCACCUUCAUCCACGACGGAGCUCUGUCCAUUACAAUUGGCUCUGAAUAUGACUAGGUGACGUCACACCUCAGCUGGAAGGACUGGAUGACGUCACACCUCAGCUGGAAGGACUGGAUGACGUCACACCUCAGCUGGAAGGACUGGAUGACGUCACACCUCAGCUGGAAGGACUGGAUGACGUCACACCUCAGCUGGAAGGACUGGAUGACGUCACACCUCAGCUGGAAGGACUGGAUGACGUCACACAGGUGCUGGUACGGUUGGGUGACGUCACAGGCGAGCUGGCAGGACCAGAUGACUGGUGCUUUGACUACUAAAUGACGUCACACUGGAUCCGGCACAAGUAGAUGACGUCACGCCGGAGCUGGCACUCCUAAAAGACGCCACACAGAAGUCGACACGCCCGCGCAGUGCCACCUGAUCACAAAAUGAAGGUGGUUUCGUUCAAAAAGACAGUGUAAUGAGUUAAUGAGUGUUGUUACUCGACGAGAAAUGACCCCCAAAAGUGGCACUCACGGAGAUGCCAGCGUGAUUGUAAGGGUCGUUAGUGGUCCUGGUGACUAUGGCACGUUGUUAACUGAGGCACUUAAUGAGGAGUGGAAGGUUCCUUAUCGUAUCUGUGAUGAAUGUCGUUGAUUAAGAAGAAUAUUUAUAUAUAAUCCUUGUGCUUUCCCGAAGGACUGAAUUUAAAUACUGUUAAUGUUGGUGUAUUUAUAUAUUUUUUUCUUCGGUUAUUGGUUUUCCGAAUUUAGAAGAAAAAAUAUGAUAAAAGUUAUAUUUUGAUGAAGAAAAAUAUGUGGAUAUGGAAAUAUAUACAAAAAAAUAUUUGAUAUGAUAUAUUUUGGGUUUAGCUCUGUAUAGUGUGAUAAAAAUCCUUGCUUUGAAAUGAAUGACGAAAAACGGGACAAACGAAAAACAGUAUUAAGGACUAUCAGAAAUCAGUCUUUUUGUUUUAAUGCAACGUUUUAGGAAAUUGAUUAAUAAGGGUUCAGUAUAGGAAAUAUUUGAUUAAAAAUGUUUUCGAAAGUGAAUCUGUAAAGGAUUCACUUUCGGAGAACAUUUGACGAAAAAGGAUUCUUUUACUACAAGAAAAGUAAAGGGUUUUUAUAAAACCGUAAAGUAAGAAUAUGUUCAUAGGUGUAGCAAGCAGUCAGAGUUUUACAUACAGGACACUGUUUUUAUUCAUCGUGACGGUUGGGUAGUUUUGCUCGAGAAUGAAUAUUUUCACAUUACAAAAAAUGUAUUAAUUUCGAAGAAGAAGAAGAUAUAUAUAUAUGUGUGUG